GGAAGAAACGCCCACACUUCCAAUUGGAAGCUUCUCGCUCAUGAUUCAUAUUAAACGGCCGCUCGAUUGGCUCCUUCGGGUAGUUGUUCGUUGUACUCCUCUCUCUAGUACUUGUUGUGCACCUUCCGGAGCUAUUCUACUUGAGUCUGGGCCUUCUCCUAGUACCGCUUCCUGUGCAGUUGUGCUACCUGUUGUAUCAAGGAGGAAUCGUAGCCAAUCACAUCGUAAACAUGAAAAGUUGUGCUGCGUGAGUUGUGAUUGA